AUGAGUUCCCUUUUGAAGAAGAAAGGAGCCGCGAGCUUCAAGCCACGCGCUCCAGCGCGAAGACCUGGGGUUACUGCACCAUCAGCCUCACCAUCGAUCCCACCUGUCGAAAAGCAAGCGCAAGCCGCAGCGCCUCCGUCUGCUAAUAAUGUUCCCAUCCCGUCGGUCGAGGUGGAAUGGCCAGCUGCACCCGAAGUUCAAUCAGCACCCUCUGUGGAGAAACCAGUAGCGCGACAAGAUUCUGCAGUCAUACCUCCGCCUCCAAAAGAUUCGGCGGCACCACCAGCCACUUCGGCCAGGCAAGACUUUGCAGUCAUACCUCCUCCUACAAAAGAAGUAGUGCAGCCGCCAAUAACUGCGACCCCAUUGGAACAAGAGGCUGCGGUGUCGGUGCCGUCAAGUACUCGUCGAAGACUGAGCCAAGUCCCAAUCCCCCCACAAUCCCAGGAAACGGUGCCAAUCUCAAAACCCACGACACGCCCCCCUUCGAUACCAUCAACAAUAGCCGCUGAAACGACUCCAGUUGCUGCUUCGAGUGAGGAGGGACGCCUUGGAAAGGUGACGGAAAGACCGGCAAUAAUAAGCACACCUCAAGACACUGCUACAAUACGUCCGCCUGUUUCACAACCAACCCAGCAACAUAUUGAUCGCGAGGAUGUCGAGAGGAGUGAUACUGUUACAAUUAGCACUCAAGAUGAGUCUAUGGACUUAUCUGCCUUGGGUGCAGGUGAAACAGGCCACCCAUCCCAACUUAUCCCAGUGGUGCCUCUGAAUCUAGAUGGAACUUCCGGCGUCCCAACUCCCGUGCAGCCUCCUAAGGCAAAGCCGAGGGCUAGGAAACGGAAAUUGGAUGAUGCCAACAUUGAUAUUCGGCGUAGCAUUGAAGUUCAAGUCCACGCAACCAAGACACCGCGCACAAGCGCGCCCAGGAAACCUAGGAAGCCCAGGGAACCCAGGGCUGCCACUUCUAGCACCCCAAAACCCAGAACGCGGAAAAAGCGCGCGGAGACCCCCGAGGAUGCGGAAGAUCAGGAAAUUGACCACUCAACAAUCAAGAUGGCAGAUCUUUGCAAGGAUCUCAAGAUUGGCAAGAAGUUUAGCAAGCACGAUGAAAUAAAGCAGAGGGAUAUAGACAGGAAAGCGAAGGCGAAACUGCGGAGAGAGAAUCCCGAGCUUGUUGGAGCCUCCGACGAUGAAAGGCCCUCGGCAACAACGCGAUCGGCGAACGAGACACCCCUUCAAACCACAAGCGUAGGCCCUCGCAUGAGAUUGGUGGAUGGGCAGAUUGUUAUCGACGAAAGCUCUUUGAACCUCGAUCGCCACAAAUUAGCUGCAGCAAACGCUGGAGUCAUGGAAAUCAUCGAAGAAAACGAGUUCACGCGGAUCACCACGUCUGGCACGUUCAUGAAACGCGAGAAGAACAUAUUCUGGGACCUCGAGGCCGAAGAAAAGUUCUACGUCGGCCUGCGCAUGUUCGGAACCGAUUUCGAGAUGAUUUCCAAGAUGUUUCCUGAUCGAAAUAGGCGCCAAAUCAAGCUCAAGUUCAACAAAGAGGAGCGGCUUUACCCUAGCAAGAUUAAUAGCGCGUUACUGGGAGAGAAGGUACCGAUCAACUUCGACGAAUACAAGUCUCAUACCGGCCUGGAGUACGAGGAUGUGGCGGUCAUCAAUGCCGAGCGAGAGGAGAUCGAGGCGGAGCAGAACGCCGAAGAGGCGCGCGUGGAAGCCGAGCUUGCGGAAGCGACGAGGCAGAAGAAGGCUGCUAUUCACGCUACUCGUGGGCCGGAAAGAAAAGAGAAUGAUAGAUUUGGAGGGGGCAGCAAUGCCGCGAAAUCGAAAAAUAAGGGCAAGAAGAAGAAUAAGGCGAGUGCUUUCGGGGGUGGGGAAGAUGUGGAGUAUCUGGGGGAUAUCUGA